CGAAGCCCCAAGUUAAAUACAAAUUCAAAAAAGUUUUUAGCAUUACCUUCAUUCAGAUUCAAACCCAAAACCCUAAACUCUUUGAAAAAAAAAAAAAAAAAAAAUCUGUGGAAUCAGAGUAAUUGGGAUUGUUGUUUGUUGCAAUCGUAGACUGUAGAUUGUAGAAGACGAAGACGAUAAUAUGUCUGCUAUUGUGUGUGGAAGCAAGAGAUCGUUCUUCGAAGAGCUUCCAGGAUCGCCUCCUGUAUCCAAGAGGCUACGCUGUGCCUCUUCAUCUUCACCUUCAUCUUCAUCCCCAACUCGGUUCACUCCGCCUUCUCUUAUUGAUCAACUUCGCUCUGUCUUUCCUCACAUGGAUUUCUACAUUCUUGAGAGAGCUCUGCAAGAAUGUGGUAAUGAUUUGGAUGCUGCCAUCAAGAGCCUGCAUGAGCUUUGCUUAAGAUCUGCAGAGGGAAAUUCAGUUUCUGCUGAAGUAUCAGAUGUAAAUGUGGAGAAGGGUAGAUUGCCGGAUGAUGAUAAUUUUGUUGCCCCUGAUAAUUCGUCAGUGCCAAACAACCUUCCCAUGGAAGGUGUGGAAUGGAUCGACUUAUUUGUAAGGGAAAUGACGUGUGCUUCUAGUAUGGACGAUGCCAAAGCACGUGCUACAAGAUUGCUAGAAAUUUUAGAGAGGUCCAUCAGCUCACGUGCUUGUGCCGAGGCAACACAAAAUGUCCACAAGGUAUGUAUAAUUUUGUGUCAAAGUUAAUUUUUUAUAUAUAUG